UCGGGAGAACGGAUCAGUCUGCUUCGAAUAUUCAACGCGCCUGGUGUAUCGAUCUCGAGUCGAAAAUGUUUUCCCAACUCUUAUCUUUGAGUUGGGCUGUGUCAAUGAUCUUGCUGAUCAGUGGACAAUGGACCGAAGCCCAGAAUCCUUACUAUGUGGAGAAUGGCGGACUAGGCCACCAGCACCACCAUCGCCAUCAUGGUCAUGGUUAUCAUGGACCACCGCCCAACGCCUUCGGUCGAUUCCCUCCGCCUCCUCCACAUUAUCCAGAUUAUCAACAAGGUGGUGGUUAUCCACCGUAUUAUCCAUCUGGUGGUCCGAUUCGAGGCUACCAACCUGGCGGUUAUUUUGGAGGUCAGCAGCCUGGUAGGGAUUUUAACAGGGGACAACCGGGAUUCCAACAGCCGCCCGGUGGAGAUUUUCCCAGGGGUCAGCCAGGUUUUCAGCAACCCGAAGGAGAUUCUAACAGAUGGCAACCUGGAGGCAAGGCACCGGGUUCCCAACAACCAGGCAGCAGUGAGGAGACACCCAGCUAUCCUGGUGCCAUACAGCCGAGACCUGGACAAAACCCAGGAGGAUUCCGGCAGCCAGGCCAAAGCACUGGCGGAUUCCAGCAGCCCGGUGACGGAGGAAAUACUCUACAGCCGAGACCUGGGCAAAAUGCAGGUGGUUUCCAACAGCCAGGCGGAAAUUCAGGAGGAUUCCGACAACCUGGUCAGAGCUCUGGAGGAUUCCAGCAGCCAGGCCAAAACACUGGAGGAUUUAGACAGCCAGGAAGCGGUGAAAAUACUCUACAGCCCAGACCUGGUCAAAACUCAGGUGGAUUCCAACAACCUGGACAAAACACUGGGGGAUUCCAGCAGCCAGAGCAAAACAUUGGUGGAUUCCAACAGCCAAGACCUGGAUCCCCUAAUAAUCCCAUUCAACCACGACCUGGCAGCCAAGACGAGGACUUCUCUGAGUUCAACUUCCAGUCACCGAAAACUUUGCAGCCACGACCUGGUCAGGAUCAAGAGAUCGGAGGCUCUGGCGUCGGCAAGACCAUCCAACCGAUUCCGGGACAGCAACAGCCUUCAUCCACUGAUACUGUGGGCAACAACAUCCAAGAUCUAUUCAGUACCCAGGACUUUCUGUCGCCCGAAUUGAGUCAGGCACCUGGAGCCCACCGAGAUCCCAAGUCGGAGGCUGAGGAAGUGAGGCCGCAGUCGACGGAUCAGCGAUCCCUGUUCGAUCUGGAUCCCAAAUGCACGGAGGGAACCAAACUCAUGGCGGGACGCUGCCGGAAGGAAGCCUAGGGGAUGAGUAGGAAACGAAUACCUGGAAAUACUGAGAUUGCUUUGUAUGCAAUUAUACAUUUAAUGUUUUCAUUGUGCCAAUAAAUCUGACAUUAUCAGUAAUUAAAAAAA